UCGGGAAGCUGAAGAAGAAACCGAACGCGCCUUUUUCCCUCCCUCCCCACCCAUUUGAAUCCGGAGAAGGAAAAAAAACCCAAGUUCUGCAAAGCAAAUCUCCGCAGACCGGCUGUUGAGGGAAAAAAGUCUUAGCCGCCUCUCGCAGAUCUGCAAGGGGGAAAAAUUUUGGAACCAUAAAGUUGAAAACUUUUUUCUCUCAGUUUGGAAGAAGUCUUUCGUCAUGAAUGGGAGCAGCGGAGCUCUGGCGCUCAGGCAAGAGCAGGCAAGAGGUACAGAAGGAGGGGAGAUUUCUCGCCUGCCGCUCGCGCUGAGGCUCGAUGUGAAUAUAUAUUAUGUCUGCCUGUUCUCCCCUCGUCGGUGGCUAAGGUCAGCCGCUUGGAACAGACCCGGGAGGAGGGGGGCAGAAAGGGGAGGGGGGUCCGGCGUGUCACGUGACCCCCAGGGGUGCCAAUGUCCGGUCGUGAGGGUAUCAGGCCCUUGCAAGUUGCCACCCACUGCCCGGGCCUCGCCCAGCGAUGCAGAAAGCCACCUACUACGACAACACAGCAGCUGCGCUCUUCGGAGGCUACUCCUCGUACCCUGGCAGCAAUGGUUUCGGCUACGACGGGCCUCCCCAGCCCCCCUUCCAGGCCGCUACGCACCUGGAGGGUGACUACCAGCGCUCAGCGUGUUCCCUGCAGUCCCUGGGCAAUGCCGCCCCACAUGCCAAGAGCAAGGAGCUCAACGGCAGCUGCAUGAGGCCCGGCCUGGCCCCAGAGCCCCUGCCCGCCCCGCCGGGCUCACCCCCACCCAGCGCAGCACCUACCAGUACCACUAGCAACAGCAAUAACGGGGGAGGGCCCCCCAAAAGCGGCCCCCCCAAGUGCGGUCCCGGCUCCAACUCCACCCUCACCAAACAGAUAUUCCCUUGGAUGAAAGAGUCGAGGCAAACGUCCAAGCUGAAAAACAGCUCCCCCGGCACAGCAGAAGGUUGUGGUGGCGGCGGCGGCGGCGGUGGCAGCGGCGGCGGUAGCAGCGGCGGGGGCGGCAGUGGCGGCGGGGGAGGGGACAAGAGCCCCCCGGGGUCAGCGGCGUCCAAGCGGGCGCGGACGGCGUACACAAGCGCGCAGCUGGUUGAGCUGGAGAAAGAGUUCCACUUCAACCGCUACUUGUGCCGGCCGCGCCGCGUGGAGAUGGCCAAUCUGCUGAACCUCAGCGAGCGCCAGAUCAAGAUCUGGUUCCAGAACCGCCGCAUGAAAUACAAGAAAGACCAGAAGGCCAAAGGGCUGGCCUCUUCGUCCGGGGGUCCCUCUCCGGCCGGCAGCCCCCCGCAACCCAUGCAGUCCACGGCCGGCUUCAUGAACGCCUUACAUUCUAUGACUCCCAGCUAUGACAGCCCGUCCCCACCAGCCUUCGGUAAAGGCCACCAGAAUGCCUACGCGCUGCCCUCCAACUACCAGCCCCCUCUCAAGGGUUGCGGCGCCCCACAGAAGUACCCCCCGACCCCGGCGCCCGAGUACGAGCCCCACGUCCUCCAAGCCAACGGGGGCGCCUAUGGGACACCCACCAUGCAGGGCAGCCCGGUGUAUGUGGGCGGGGGUGGCUACGCGGAUCCGCUGCCGCCCCCUGCCGGCCCCUCCCUCUACGGCCUCAAUCACCUUUCCCAUCACCCCUCGGGGAACCUGGACUACAAUGGGACGCCCCCUAUGGCCCCCAGCCAGCAUCACGGACCCUGUGAUCCUCACCCCACCUACACAGACCUCUCCUCUCACCACGCGUCUCAGGGUAGAAUUCAAGAAGCACCCAAAUUGACACACCUGUGAUGUGAGGGGCAGGUGUGUGUGGGGGGGGAAUCAAGGGCCUGGGAGGUUGUGGAGCUGGUUGUGGGGGCGGUUUGGAGGCCUGUGUGUGUGUUGGGGUUGUUGCAGGUUUCCAGGGACAAGGUAGGCCUUGGGCGCCUCCCCCCCCUUCCCUUGGCCUGAGGCUGUCUUGAAGGCCUCCAAGCCUGGUUCCAUCUGCCAGCCCACACCCUUGGAAAGGAAUCCACAGCAGGUUGGAGGCGACCACAUCUAUCCCAGGGCUCCAGCACUACCAAGUUGGAAUUUCAGAUUGGAGAGGGAGUCGGGUAGAGGGAACCCAGAUAGGAAAGCAGGGCAGAGAAGCACAUUCAAAAUUGAUGACUUGGCGUUCAUCAACCAACCGACUUACCUUCCAUCUCUGUGAGCAAUUCCCCCAAAUCUUGACUUACUUUUUUUUGGUCUUCCCUUUCAUUCUCCUUAUGAAAAAUAAGAAAACACAUUUCAAUCUAAGGGCACAAAAUGUUUUCCUCCCACUCCCCCAAGCCUCAAUUUGCCCCCCAUCUAUUUGAGGCUUCCUGCCAUGCCCACCAUGCCUAGCCCCACAAUUUUCUGCUCUAAGGACAUUCAUAUCUAUACCCCCACCCCUACUGAUUACAUGUUCCAGAGGGCUCAGGGAUGGUGAGAGAUCCUGAAAGUUAGAGCUGCCUAUAAUAUAAAUAUAUAUAUUUUUUUCUUUUAAGAAAAAGUUAAGAGACUAAGGCAGGCAAGUUGUCAGGACUGGAGGUUUGCCACUCUUCGUCUCCUCAGCUCCCACCCCAUCCCACACUCUCUCCCUGGAAAGCAAUCCACUCGAAGCUCUCCACUUUCCUUUUUCUUCUGUUAUUCUCUUGACUUAACGUGAAAACAGGGUAUAUUUGAACAAACUGUCUGUCCUAGGCAGGGGCUGCAGCUGGGCCUGUGGACCUUGCUCCAGUUCCUGACAGGGCACUCUCUUGUUGCACUUGGAGUUUACAUUUUAAUGGAUAUUAAAAAAAAAAAAACAACUGUGAGAGAUGUCUGGGCCUGAGGAAGUCCAGCUUCCCUCAAAAAGCGUGUGUUCUAGUGAACAUUUUCAUAUAUAUUUAUUGGUUAUAGCCUGUUGAAAUAUUUUCUUUUUUUGUAUUAUUUAUCCCCCUACAUUAUGUAUUUAUAUGAGGAACAAAAAAGGAAAAAAUGUACUUUUUUAGUAUUUACUUGUUAUAAAGGAUGUUGUGUUUCCUGUCAUGUAAAACCAGCUAUUUUAGUUUUUAUUGUAUUCUAGAUGAGAGCUGUAGAUUUAUGUUAAACUUGUACUUAUGAGCAAUUGUAAUUAGUUCUAAAAGGCAUGAACUCAGCUCCUAAUGGUCACUGUACAGUCCUGAAUUUGUAGAGUUAGAGUUAAUUCUCUCUUGGAACUUUCUUUAUUCUUCUGUAGUUACUUUUUUCCCCCUUAGUUAAAAGGGUUGUCUGUCAAAACAAUUCUUGAAUAAAC